AUGGCUGCACCCCACGAUCACUUCAUCAAGCUCCUCCUCCUCGGCGACAGUGGCGUUGGCAAGACCAGUCUCCUUCUCCGGUUAUCGGAUAAACCCUUCAACGCUAGCUUCAUGACUACUAUAGGAAUAGACUUCAGCGUCAAAACCAUCGAGCUCGACGGCGAAAGGGUGAAGCUGCAGAUCUGGGACACAGCCGGCCAGGAGCGAUUCAGAACAAUCACAAGAGGCUACUACAAGGCAGCCAAGGGCAUUCUUUUGGUGUACGAUAUCACAAGUGAGUCGUCGUUCAACCACAUUAGGGAUUGGAUUCGUGACAUGGAGGAAAAGCAUCCUCCUACUGUGAAUGUGAAGAAGAUACUGGUGGGAAACAAGGGUGACAUGGGUGAGAGCCAAAGGGCUGUGUCGAAAUCUAGAGGUCAGGCUCUUGCUGAUGAGUAUUGGAUCAAGUUCUUCGAAACCAGUGCGAGGACGAAGAUGAAUGUGGAAGAGGUUUUCUUUGCGUUGGCCAGGGUUAUCAGGCCAGAGUUGAACGUUCAACAGUGUCUGCCGCUUGAGUUUAACCGAUUAGCAGCACAGAGGUCAUCUUGCUGCCGCUAA